AUGUCAACAAAAACAGGAUUUAGAAUACAAUUUGAUCAUCAAUUUUUUUUUAAUGAAUUAAAUGAGAAAUAUCAGAGUGAAGUUGCUAUAACAGCAUAUCCUUUAUCAGAUUUGACAAAUGUAUCAACAUCUUUAUAUUUUCCUGAAAUAGAUUCAAAAUUAAAUAAUGUUGGAUUGGUAGAUAAUUGUUUACCAGAUACAUGGUAUUAUUUAUGUACAGAAUUCUCAAGUUUGUACCGAGAAAAAAAAGUUAUUGGAAAUGAGUGUGGAAUUUAUAAAACUUUAUCAAAUACUGGUGACUUAGUCACUUCAACAUUAAAAAAAAUUGAUCUAAUAAAUAUUGGUUUAGAUCAAAUAAUAUUUACCAUCUUUACUGAUACAACCUUUCCAAUUGAAUAUAACUUUUUUCUUGAAAAUCAAAAUGUUUCUUACAGUUAUCUAACAAUAACAGAAGCAUAUACUUUUUUUGCAUUUAAAAAAUCAUCAUUUAAUAUUACAUUUACAAAAUUACAGUCACGUUUUAAUUAUGGAAAAUUGUGUGUUCUAGAAAAACCGCUUAUUUCUGGCAUUACAAUUCAAGGUCGAUCUAUAAAUUCAGGUUCAAUUUUUAUUAAAAAUUGUCAUUUUGAUUCAUUACAAACAACUGACUAUACAUUAGAACAACAGGCAAGUAAUUGUUUAGAUGAAAAUAAAUUCUGCUCAGCCAAUUCAUCUACGCAUUUAAAAAUAUUUAAAAUAAUACUUUUAUGGUUUAUUCAAUUUAUAAUAUAUGUGAAAGAGUAUAAUUUUGAUAAGAAUAUGCUUAAUCCUAAAGAGCCAAUUAACAAACAAAGAAAAUUAAUUUAUUCAGCUAAAGAUAUUCCAAAAUGGAAUAUAUCAUUAUUAUUAGGUUUUCAGGUAAGAGUAGCCAUGUAUUAA